UCAAUUCAAACAUUAUGAUAAAAUUACUAAAAAACCGGAAAUGAAGUUGCAGAAUUUACAGUCUCUGCCAUUGGGACAAUCAUUCGGGUAAUUAUCCUUCUCUUUCUCCAUGGCAGAAACUCGCCCACCGUAUCUUGUCUUCGUCUUCUUCUUCACUUUAGCCGUUGCUACACAGACCACCGGUUCGGUUAAGUGCAAGACCGGUUCGCUCCGUUAUCCGUUCGGUUUCUCCGACGGUUAUCCGAUCCGAUUCAACUGCUCUGAGGUAACCGGAGAGACCGUGAUCGGUGAAUUCGCUGUGCAAGAAGUGACAAACACCAACAUAUACGUCAAAAUCCCGCCGGUUUGCGAACGCGAGAUCGGUAAAAUCGAACAGCUCUUCCAGGAAAAUUUUGCUCCAUCGAAAUUACAGAACAUAAUUCUCGUCCAAGAAUGCAAAGAACAGUCUUCUAAUUGUUUAAUCCGAAAUAAAUUCGUUGAAGAUCGGUUAAAUAUCAGCAGAUGUAAAUCUCAGGUAAGCUGUUUCAACGGAACAACAACGACGACGAUUGCCGAUGUGAUGAGUAUCGGAGACGUUGUGAACGGAAGUGGAUGUAAGUAUUGGUUCUCUUCGAUUUCUCAAUCGGAAGUUUCGGUCAAUUUGGGUCGGCUCAAGCUUCAUUGGUGGCUUAAGGGAAGUUGCAGUAACAUCACUUGCUCGGAGAGCGCAGACUGUGCCAAUGUUAAGCUCGCCGACGGGGGACUCGGUCAUCGUUGCACUUGUCGCGAAGGAUUUAGCGGUAAAGCCUUCACCGUGCCUGGUGGUUGCCACCGAUUAGUUCGUAAACGCAAAGGACUACACAAACUCAUUGUUCUUGGAACUGCAGGGAUUUUGGUUGGAGUUUUAGUAAUUGCGGUCUUGAUAGUUACAUAUAUCUUCCGGAACAAGCGAUCUGCGUCAUCUGCAAGAACAUCAAUCGCGAAUCGCUUACUUUGCGAACUAGCAGGAAACUCCAGCUUUAAAGUCAUAGAUUUCACUCGUCCCUACACUGAAGUGAACCUAGCCUCACUCGCGGUUGACAGGAUCGGAAGAGGGCGUGUGGUAGAUAUCAUCGAUCCCUGCUUAAAAACAGACAUCGAUCCAAAAAUGUUUGCAUCUAUCCAGAACUUAGCCGAAUUGGCGUUUCGCUGCUUAUCAUUUCACAGAAACAUGAGGCCUACAAUGAUAGAAAUUACGGAAGAUCUCCAACGGAUUAAGCUUAUGUACUUUGCUCUGUCACCGAGAACGUCAAAGCUCGAUGACCAUCCGCACCAAUGCCGUCGAAAGUGUAACUCAUGUUUGAACACACGAUCAAAGAUCUUACCCCACCGUUCUUAUUCUCCGUCUCUUUGUUUUUUGCGUUUCACGAUUUCCGGCAAAUCAUGGAGGAUCUCACCGAGAGUCGGAGGUGGUGACGCAAACCAUGGAUGCAUCAUAUGCGCCGUUGUCACGAGAGCCAGGUUCCUAUCUUAAUUAAUCAAGAUUCGCACAGACU